AAGUUGCGCAAGAACAGACACGCAAUGCUUCAUUUAACAAUAAUAAAUAUAUACGUUUAUUAAACAAAUAAAGUGUACAAUGAAAUACGCGUUCAUGUGCGUUCAUAUAAGAUUAUAGCUAUUUUUCAAGCAUUUAUAUAGAAAAACAAUAGAUUCUGAGAGUAUCAGAAUCAGGAUGCAUAAACGCAAACUAGAAGAAGAGGGGACAGCAAAUGAGACCUGUGUAUUGUUGCGAGCGGUGUCACUGCAGAUCUCAAAACAGCCCAGCGUAAAUCAAUAAAAUGUUACUCAUUGCACUACACUUGAACACUCACUCACUUACACUUGCUGGCAUACUAUGACCCACUCUUAAAACUAGAUGUCAAUUUCUGCCCACAGUCACAUGACUGGCGCUCUCUGGAAUGGAUGGAGAUGGAUCUCCACGUCACCUCGCGUCUCAAAAUUUCUUUUCGGCGAUUCAGUUCUUGAAACCCACUAGGGCUCAGCUCGGCACAACGAUGUGAAACAGGGACUGCCCUCGUGGAGCGGCCAGGCAGAUGAUGGAUUAUGAUGAGAGGGUGCCCGUUGGUUCCAAUAUGUACUUGCCUAGCUGCACUUAUUAUGUUUCGGGAACGGAUUUUUCCAGCCUUCCUCCCUUUCUGCCCCAGACCCCGUCUACUUGUCCCAUGCCAUAUUCUUACUCCUCGUCUAAUCUACCCCAGGUUCAGUCCAUGAGAGAGGUGACGUUCAGGGACUAUGCCAUUGACCCGUCCAGCAAGUGGCACCACCACCACCACCGGAGCAACAAUGUGCCUCACUGCUACGCUUCGGAAGAUGUGGUGCACAGGGACUGCUUGCCUAACAUGGGGGACAUGUUCUCGAAAAGCAGCUCGCUGGUGCACCACACAGGCUCCAGUCAUGUACCCGGCAGCGUGUACGGCAGCGUGGGAAGAAACGGUGUUUUGCCCCAAGUCUUCGACCAGUUUUUUGAAACGGCCUAUGGGAACGCGGAAAGUCAGAACACCGAUCACGCGGCCAACGGGACAGCGAGCAAGGCUCCUCCACCCUCAGCCUCGGGAUCCCAUCAAGACCUGGACGCGGAGGAGACGGAACGCCGAGAAGAGACCAGUAGCCCGGAGUCCUCUUCCGGUAACAACGAGGAGAAAUACGGCAACACCACCACUGGACAGAAAACCCGCAAAAAGAGAUGCCCCUACUCAAAGUACCAGAUCAGAGAACUGGAAAGAGAAUUUUUCUUCAGUGUUUACAUCAACAAAGAGAAACGGCUGCAGCUCUCCCGGAUGCUCAACCUCACCGACCGCCAAGUCAAAAUCUGGUUUCAGAACAGAAGAAUGAAGGAGAAGAAGUUAAACAGGGACCGCUUACAGUACUAUGCUACGAACCCUUUGCUGUAGAGCUGUGGCCCUGGACUAGUCCAUCCGUGAGAGAAAGCCAGGCAUGGUUAAUUUCAAGUUCGCCGCUGCACAUUCCCGGAGCUAAAGCGGAUCUGAAGCCCAUUCAUACGACAGAUUUCUUUAACAAAUACAAACCUCAUUUUACUUUAUAUAUUCUGUACAAAAUCUGCAGUAUUAUUAUUAUUAUUAUUAUUAUUAUUAUUAUUAUUAUUGCAUCGCCAAUCAAUCUCAAAUGUUACAGGGUUUCUUUGUCUUUUGCUGUUUUGUGUGUGGUUUUUUUGUAUUUGAUUUUCUGACCAAUUAUUGUAUGCAUAUUUAUAAAUGUGGCAAUAUAGUGAAAUGCCUACUCUUUAAAGAAAAUCUUUCUGGAAGAAGACAAUAGCUACAAUACAAUACAAUACAGUACAAGUGUCAUGUAGUCUAAUUAAUACUGCAUUUUUGUUGCACUUGUUUAAAUAAUGCACGCACAAUUUCCAGGACACCUAUUGUUUUUUUUACUGGAAUUUAUUCUCUUGGAAAUUAGCUUUUACUUGAAUUAUUAUACAAUUUUUGUAUAAUAGGCCUAAAUGUUUCUAUCUAGUACUGGUGUACACAACUUUGAGUUUCGGAUGGAUGUAACAUUAAUUAAAAGCAAUAACCUAGUAAGCAAGGAUCCUGGCUAAGACAUUCCCCAAAUACACAGAUAAUAUCUAUGUCUUUGAACUGCAAUGUUUAUUCACUUUUUUUUCAAAUGGGGUACUUUAGAUUGUGCUGCAGUAAUGUUUGGUUUGUGAUAAUUUGAAGGACUUUGACAUCCCGUAUAAAUCUAUCUUUUAAAACACAA